AUGGAACCGUCCACACAUCUGUGGAAGCUGGGAAUUGGUAUCGUAUUGACACUGUUCGGUUUCCUCUAUUACCUUGCACAAAAUCCAGUCCACCAUGUCAAACAAUACCCGAAACCGUCGAAAGACUUCGCGGUAUCGCACGCCCUAGCCUUACGAGCUACGAAGCGACUGUAUCAUCAAUUACAAAAUCUCGAAGAGCUUCCCGGUGCCCGAGACUUAGCACGUCAGUGCUUGGAUUCGCUUCUCGCCCACACGAGCAUUUUGGCUCUCCAGCUCUGGAGACAAAACAGAACCGGAAAGGCGAACGGCAGCAUUCUUUGCCUACAGAACUUCUCGAAUGAAGGAUUACGGAGCUUUUUGGAGGUGACAAAUACCGAGAUCCAGGAUGAGUGGGAGAGUUAUAUCCUCGCGAGGAAAGCUGGACGCCCGCGAGAGUUAUUCCAAACCGCGGACGAAGCUGCCCAGUGGAUCAAAAAGAUAAGCCCAGUGAAGCUCAUCGACGGGGCGUGGCUGGGACAUCUACGUCUUAGCCUGAUGCCCUUCACACUUCACCCUGUUCUCAAGGACCUCUGGCAAAUCCUCUCAGAAGAGCUGGGUGAUGGUGAUUUGGCCAAGAACCAUGUUCACGUCUUCAAAGAGUUGCUUCGGAGCGUCGACUCCAAGUUUCCCGACGCCGACCAUGAAGACUUCAUCCAUUCCAAAAUCUUGACCGACGACAUGUCCAUCUGGAACUCUGCGCUCGCACAGUUGACCAUCUCCCUCUUCCCCGAAGAUUACAUUCCCGAGAUUCUGGGAUUUAAUCUGCAUUUUGAGCUUGUAACGUUGGAGACGCUGAAAGCUACCAAGGAGUUGAAGGAAGUUGGCCUCGAUCCAACCUACUUCUUCCUGCAUGUCUGCAUUGACAACACGGACUCUGGACAUUCGGCUAUUGCAUUCCGCGCAGUGUGCAAGUUUAUGGAUCAUAUUCGUGAAGUCGAAGGAGAGGCAGCGGCUGGACGCUGUUGGAAGCGUAUACAAAGCGGAUUUUGCUUGUCGCAGUUCUCCACCAAACUGGACGUUCCCACAGACACUUUCCUCCCAAGGGAGCAGGAAUUAAAGAUAAUCGAUCUGUUGACCAGCAAAGUCCGAGCUUCCAGGAAGGUCCAUUGCAACAGCCCUGCACGUGUCAAAGGCCGCCUGAUCGGGGAAUGGUUGGAACCUGAAAGGUGGGACUCUCCUAGUUGGCGGGUUGAUUUCUUGGAGGCUUUCACUCGCACAGAGCAGUGGAUAUAUCCAGGUGACAGUCAUCGGAGCGGAUUCAUCCAGGUCAUUUCUCUGGGAGGCAAGAUGUUCGGUUCAUUCACAGUGAACGAAUGUCGGGUUUUGAGAGAGUGGAUUGACAACCUGUCACCGAAGCAUGAUGUGAAAAGAGCAACUCUUCGGGAUGAGGCACAAUGGCUUUUGUCCGGGCAAGCUUACCUUGAACCAGAUGUGAUAUUGUCGGCCGAAAUAUUUUCUAAUGAUUGCCUUGUCUAUGAGAGGAUCUUGCCCCUUUGGUUUGCAGCUUGCAGCUUGCUGGAGGGUUUCAUAUCGAUCCCAACGAAAACCACCACGGCACUGGCAUUGAGCGUGCUUAAAGUACUGCGAGUACAGAACGGGUUCCGUGACGACCUCGAACAUGGUAUCUCCUCAACAAAUGCAGCGGCUGAGAGAGACACAACCUAUAGCUUGGCCAGCAUAGGACUAGCCAUGAUGCAAUCUGCAGGGCUUUCGCCCAUGUCUUCUCUCGCUCAAGUUCUUGAGACGUGGCCGUUACGUUUCUCAUCAAUGAUGCUUGAGCUGUCCAGAAGACCUGAAGACAACAAAGCUAUUCUCGUGGGUAUGGCCCUGGCAUUUGCCGAGUUUCAUGCUCAGGUGAGCUCUUCUGACGUCCUGGGCCGGACCUGUAGCGAUGCACUUCGGAUCAUUGCUGAGGGUGAGAUCCAACACUUGAGCUUUUGUCGGCGACUUCUGGCAGAAGAGGAAGGAUAUCGAUAUCAGUUCGAGGCGGGAUAUAAUGCUGCGCAUACAGAGAUUCGCAAGAGCAUCAGGCACGGGCACAACGCUAGCCAGCGUGGAUUAGUUCAAUAG